UGAGGAGCUUCGUGUCUGAGCCUCCACAUGAAGUGUUUGUUGUUUGACUGAUGUGGAUUCAGCAGAAUGGAUCAGUGUGAGGACAGAGGAGCCCCUCCCUGCAAGACCACCGACAGGACCCCCACGGGCCCUGUACCUGAUAGUCAACCCAAAGCUCAGAGACCAGGACCUGGACCUAAACCUGAACCUGGACUUGGACCUGAACCUGGAUCUGGACCAGAACCAGGACCUGAACAUGAACCAGGGCCUAAACCUGGACCUCCAUCCACUAGUGUCUCCUACAGCAGUGAAAAUUCCAAACAUGAUUUAAUUUAUUUUAAACAUGAUCGUCCAUCAGACUCAGUGAUCCACCAGAGACCAGAGUCCUCUGGACCUGGAACCAGCUGUGUGUCCUACAGCAGUGACUGGUCCAUGGAUAAACCAGCAAAUUUCCAAAAAUCAACCCAAGGUCCAGUGAAGACGAGAUGGAGGGUCUAACAGAAAGGUGCACUGGAUCUGGAUCUCC